AACUAACAGCUUCACCUGCUCCUCUUACUGGUUCUUCUGAAAUUCUGUCGACCAGCCAUCAAAAACCGCCACACGACUCGCGCGUCAACCUUUCGACGCUGCGAAAGUUUGAGCAAGAGGCUUUUUACAGACAUGAGCGUGAUGCACCACAAUUUGACCGACGAGUGCAAACUUGGGUUCAGACGUCCUCGGACGGCAAACCUACUCUAGAGACCAUCGAAGGUCUAGAGCCACAACCUCCAGUACCCACCCUAGCGCACUCUCUAGACAGAGUCCUAUUCAAUUCUGGACCCCAUUGGUUGCGCGACCCACGAUCACGAGUGGCCAAUUUCGAUGAAGUACUGGAAAAAGUGCCCGAUAUUUACGACUUUGAUUUUGCGCGUAUUCAACCCUACGCUCUCUUUGAAUUAGCGAAACGAGAAGGAAAGCAGUUUACAGGCUCGACAUCUUCAUUGACAUCAUUACUAUCGCAUAUCUUUUUUUUAAUAUCUAAUGGGCGAGGGGUGGACACUUCUACAUUAUCAUCUGCAUUCAGCAAAGAGGGAACUAUGCUCGAGAAAUUCCUUAUCAAUCCCACUGGCGAAUUUGACAAACUUCGCCGUUCGACACCUUUAACGGAGGACACCGUCUUGCCCUCUCAAGGAGAAAGCUAUCGUUACUCAAAGGAUCAGGGAUAUUCGACAUCAAGACAAGAGCAGUAG